UUUUAUUCUCUCGUCGAUCUUUCAUAACUCCAUUUUACGCGUUGGUGUGAGGCUACUGCCCUUCCCCGACGCUCUCUUCAAUUCGAUCUCUCUGUAAAGCUUUCUGAAGGGACCCUACAGCCACAACGAAACAUGGGGCUUACUUUCACUAAGCUCUUUAGCCGGCUUUUUGCCAAGAAAGAGAUGCGUAUUCUGAUGGUUGGUCUUGAUGCUGCUGGUAAGACCACCAUAUUGUAUAAGCUCAAGCUUGGUGAAAUUGUCACGACAAUUCCCACCAUUGGGUUCAAUGUGGAGACUGUUGAAUACAAGAACAUCAGCUUCACUGUUUGGGAUGUUGGUGGUCAGGACAAGAUCCGUCCACUAUGGAGGCAUUACUUCCAAAACACACAGGGUCUGAUAUUUGUGGUGGAUAGCAACGACAGAGAUCGAGUUGUUGAGGCAAGGGAUGAGUUGCAUAGGAUGUUGAAUGAGGAUGAGUUGCGAGAUGCUGUGUUGCUUGUAUUUGCUAACAAGCAAGAUCUUCCUAAUGCAAUGAAUGCUGCAGAAAUUACUGAUAAACUUGGCCUUCAUUCUCUACGCCAGCGCCACUGGUACAUCCAGAGUACUUGUGCAACUUCUGGAGAGGGCCUUUAUGAGGGGUUGGACUGGCUCUCCAACAACAUUGCUAACAAGGCCUGAGGCAAAUGAAUACUGUGGUCAUCAAGAGGAUGUGUUACAAAAGCAGGGAUUUCUACUCCCUAGGGCAGUUCUUUCUGAAGACAAACAGGCUUAGGUUGUGGUGAUGACUUUUAAGAGAAUGGAUCCUUGUCUUUCUAGACUCUGGUAGACUUGUUGGAUGGUUAGCCAGAAUACUUAUCUAGUUUUUAUGGGCUACUUUUCUGGGGUUGAAUACGAGGUUUUAGCUAUACCAUUUUGUCUGUUAAUGUAUGGUGUUACUUGCACUCUCUUUCUGACAUUGGAUUAUGUUUCGUGAUC